ACACUGACUUUCAGGAAUCUUCCAUACCUUAGCUUAGAGAUCAUGUUGUAAAUGACACAUUUAAAGUACAGUCAAAGUUUCUAAUGAUUUUCUCUGUCUUACACAUUCCCCCGAUCAGUUUGUGUUGUUGAUGACAACUUACAGAAAAACUCCUGCAGCUCUACAGCAGUAUAGUGACCUGGCAAGCAACAAGUCAAGUUUGGAUCCACUUAUCUGAAAAUGGCCUCUGAUCCCCAACGCAGCAUGGAGUCAACACCAGACUUUUCUUCAUCACAGAUAACAACAGAGAUUCGAGAACAGCCACCUCAAAAUGAAAAGCUCUAUGCACAAGGCCACACUGGGAGAACAAACAUCUCACCCAAAUACAAGGAUAUUAUCAGCAGAAGUAUUAAGAUCCAGCCAGGAUCUCCUGCUGUUUAUCAGUUCAGACCAAAGAAAGAGGAGUUUGGAUCUUUGACAAAAAUAACUGUUGGUGAAAAAAAUGCAAGCAAGACAAAUAAAACCAUCUUACUUGUGGGUGAAACAGGAGCAGGAAAAUCUACUCUGAUCAACGCUCUGUUCAACUACAGCAUGGGAGUGAAGUGGGAGGAUGAAGUCUGGUUUCAGAUUGUAGAGGAAGAGGAGAAUAAUCAGACAGAAAGUCAGACAUCAGAUGUGAUCGUGUACGAAAUCUUUGGUUUUGAAGAUAAAACUCUGCCCUACUCUCUGACCGUCAUCGAUACUCCUGGAUACGGAGACACCGGAGUGACUGAACAUGAUGAUAUGAUCUGCCACAGAUUGAUGGACUUGUUUAAAUCAGAUGACGGAGUACAUGAAGUUCAUGCAGUGGGUCUGGUGAUGAAGGCGAGCAUUAAUCGACUGAGUGACCGACAGACAUACGUCUUCGACUCAGUGAUGUCUCUGUUUGGAAAAGACAUGGAGAAAAACAUCAUAGCUCUCAUCACACACUCAGAUGGUAUAACACCUAAAAAUCCUCUCAAAGCUAUUGAAGCUGCAAAAAUUAAAUGUGCCAAAAAUGAGAAAGAUCAGCCCGUUCACUUCCUGUUUGAUAACAAACAGAAGGAAGAGAGAACAGAGGAAUACGUGUCUUUUUUUGAGUGUGCGUGGAAAAUAACAGAGAAAGGAAUGAAAGGGUUCACAACCUUUCUAGAGAAAUCUGCACCUCAAAAUAUGAUGAAAAGUGUGAAAGUGAUGAAACAAAGAAUCAGACUGACAGCCUCCAUCCAAAACCUGAAAGAGAGAAUUGAACGGGAUGAACUGAAAAAGACAGAAAUCCGACAGAUUCAAGAAGCUUUGAUGAAAUAUAAUGAAGAGAUGACGAAGAAUGAAGAAUUCACUGUAGAAGUUGAUGAGGUCUACAAAGUUAAAGAAGAUAUUGAUGCUGGGAUGAGGUUGAUGGUUUUUUAUAAAGCAGCUACCUGCUGUACAGUCUGUGAGGAGAACUGUCACUAUCCUGGAUGCACAGUGACAUGGAAACCUAAACACUGUGAGGUCAUGAAAGAUGGCCGCUGCACUGUUUGUACCAAUAAGUGUCCUGCAUCAGUUCAUGUGAAAGAAAAACGAAGAUAUGUAACCAAGACCAGAAAAAUUCAGAAGACAAGGGAGGAAAUGAAGGAAAAGUUUGACAAGAAUAAAUCAGAAAGUGAGAACAUGUUAAACCUUUUAGAAAAUCUCAAAAGGGAGAAAAACCAACUGACAGCCGAAAUUGAUCAGUGCCUGGAUGAAUCCUACAAACAUUUUGUCCAGCUGGAUCAGAUCGCUCUGAAAGCUGGUUCUGUGUCCACUUAUAUCCACUUGGACUUUCUAAUUGAGAAGAUAAUUGAGAAAAGAGACACAGAGAAGGUCCAGAAAUUGGAGGAGAUGAGAAGCAGAGUGGAUGAAAGAACCAGAUUAGGACUGCGAUACAUGCUUGGAAAAAUACCAGGAACUGGAAAACUGCUUAAGAAAUGA